GUGUUGUUCAAAAUAAGAGGGCAUAACUAAAAUUCUGGUUAUUACGCUAAAAGGUUGAACUCUUUUAACAUUUAAUUACAGCAUCAUUCUGGUCGCGUCAAAAUCCGUUUGUCCCUCAUAUUGGCAAUUUAGGGUUCGCUUCCCUCAUCUGAAAUGGCUGAUUCUCCUCGCAAAAGGUAUUCCCGCUCUCCUUCACCUUGGGAAGAAAAGUCAAGGUCUCGCUCUCGAUCCCCAACUAGAUCACAGUCAAGGCCAAGAGGAAGAUCCAGGUCCAGAAGUCAUGGAAGGGCUGAAGAAACUAAUCCCGGAAACACACUCUAUGUGACUGGAUUAUCUUCAAGGGUCACUCAAAGGGAUCUUGAAGAGCAUUUCUCAAAGGAGGGAAAGGUGAAGUCAGCUUUUCUGGUUGAGGAGCCCCGUUCUCGCAUCUCUCGUGGUUUUGCUUUCAUAACAAUGGAUAGUCUUGAGGAUGCCAAUCGCUGCAUUAAGCACCUUAAUCAGUCCGUCCUUGAAGGCCGGUCCAUAACAGUGGAGAAGUCUCGUAGAAAACGCCCAAGGACUCCAACACCUGGUCAUUAUCUUGGGCUUCAUCAGAGCGGAAGGGGUGAUGGUUAUCAUGGUGAUCGUGGUAGGUAUCGUGGCCGUGGUGACUAUGGGUACCGAAGAUCUCCAAGACGCUCUCCAUAUAGAGGUGGGAGAGAUUAUUCUCCUAGACGCUCACCUUAUGCUGAAGGUCGAGACGUGCGCGAUCCCGGUCAUAUUCUCCUUAUGAAAGGAACUACCCUCGUGGUUAUAGAUAAGGGGGUUUCACAAGGCACAUGCGGUUUCCUCCUCAGCAAUGAAAACUGCUUGUAAGGAUCUAUAAGUUUGAUGUGGACUAGUCUUGAUGGUGUGUAAGGUGUUAAAGAGUACUGGUUAAUGAAUGUAUGUCUGGUGUAUACCUUGAAUGUGGAUAAUCUGUAAGCUUGAUGAUGUAUGUAUUCUCUUUCGUUGCUUGUCAUUUUGUUGUCUUUAUGGACCGUGACAUCGUUUACGAUAUCUGUUGGUUCAUUCUUCCAUGUUGUUUAGCAA